CGGGGCUAACGGCUAACGGCUAACAGAUGCUAGUUGUUGUCGUUAAGUGUUAGCUAGCUGCGUAGUUAGCUAACUUCUCCCUCACCUGUCUCCGGAGGAGUUUGCUUUCACGAGCACACCUGAGUUGACCGUGUUGUUGUUGUUGUUGUUGUUGAUGAACAAAGUGUCAACAAACUAAAUCAGCUGACGAGCUAAAGCUAAGUUAGCUCCUGCGGGCUGCCUCGGCCUUUAAUUAGAUAGCUGCUAGUGAAUGCUAGCCGUUAGCUUCGGGUCAGACGGAUCCAGCUGCUGGGUUUCCCCUGAGCUAACGCCAGCUAGCCUCCUGUAUUCACCUGAAACAGGUGAGUGAGGGACUCCGUGUGCAGCCAGGUGAACUCCUGGAAGGUAGUGAGACACACAGCUGUCUUUAACAGGUCGUCCCAAAGCCGAGGGGUCCUUUCAGAUUGAAGCCUUGACUUUGGGACAGGUGUACCCCACCUGAGGAUCUACAGCUGGCUCUUAAAGGGAGGGGGGGUGAUCAGGUGUUUGGUUUCCUGGGGAACAAACGUUCAGCCGGUUCCUUCGUUGUUAACUCGUCUUUCUGGACUUGCGUGUCUGUAGUCUGGCUGGGUGUAAACUACCUGCUCCCAGGUGUAGCCAGGAGGAUUCGUUGAUUGCCAGAGAAUCAUGGAGCCAGAUGUCAUCCGCAUAUACUCUUCCUCUCCGCCCCCGAUGGAGGAAGGCGCCGAGGAAGAGGACAGCGAGUUCGGAGACUUCGGCACCUUCUCCGGCGUCCCGAACAGCAUCAGCUUCACGGAGUUCGACACCCCGACCACUUUCAACCAGACCCAAGCUCUGACCGCCACCUCCCCGCCGGAGCUCCUCAACAACAGAGGGGUGACGGCGUUCAGCCACAGCUCCUCCAACGGCACCCACGGCCCCAAUAACGAGCUGUCCAAGGCUAAUGGCGUGAUGCCAGGGAGCCACCUGGGCAGCAGUCCCUCAGAAAGAACUGACAUGAAAAAGGUCCUGUCCAGCUCCCCGGAUAUUCCGGCGAGCGACACAGCCGGCGGCGAGCCUGCUGAUUGCAACGGCAGAGGCACCGAGGUGCUAACAAAUGGGUUUGCAACCUUUGACGUUCAGGGAAGCCCUUCCUCACAGAAUUCUGUCCACUCUCAUAUAAAAGGAACGUCCACUGAGGACACGGGCAGCGUCCCUGUCGGCAGCCCAGAGGACGAUUUCGCAGACUUUGCUGCUUUUUCCAAUACUGAAGGACACCUCAGCCAGACGGCAAACGAGGACUCAAACAACCCCACGGGGGGUAGCUGGCUGACGGAGGCUGCCUGCCACCUCGAGCACUGUAAUAUAGCACAGGGAACGACUUCAGAGGACAAUGUCAGGGACACAAACAGAACUGGACCCAACACGCCCGGCUCUGAUUCCAUUUCUGUUCCCGCUGAGGCCCCGGACGGCUCGUGCAACACGGACCGGGGCUCUCACUCAGACGCUGACUCUCAACAAAGGGACGUAGCCUUUGCACCGGAGCACUUGGCCUCAGAGGCAGUUUGCACUAACGAGCCCCUCGCUCUGAACGGGGUGGACGUAGACGACGGGGACGACUCCAAAGCGGGCUGCAGCGAAAACGACCUCUCGCCCGACGCAGCCGAGGCGGAACAUUCGGAGGAGAAGGGCUCCGGUAACGACACCGAGACGGAAACGGAGACGGAGACUUCGUUCGGCCGGCCGCUGUCGACAGACGCUCUAGAGGAGUACGGUGACAUGAGCACCACGGGCUCUGUGCCCUCUCCACCACUCCAAGGGGAGCCUGCCACGCCCGCCGACCACAGCCAGCUGGCAGAGGACGACGAGGACGAGGACUUUGGGGACUUUGGAGACGCCGGCUCAUUCGGCGGUCAGGGCUUCGCCGAUUUCGACCAGCUGGACGUCCAGCAGGAGCAGAGCAGGUCGCACAGCUCGCCGCCUGCACAGGAAGCUACAAACACCAAGGACGAAGACGACUUUGGUGACUUUAACUCCCCCAAAUUUAACAGCGGUGGAAACGAGGGGGAGGAAAGAGGCGAGUUUGCGGACUUCCCCGUCAGUGACAGUUUUGGGAAUUUCAGCUCGGCCGCUGAACCCGCGGACGGUGAGGCAGACGCAGGGUGGAGCGCCUUUGGGGACCAGCAGGUGGAGGGGGAGUCGUGGGCGGCGUUCAGCACGGAGCAGAGCGUCGCUCCUCCUACAGAGAGCAGAGGGGAGGAGGGCGUGGAGGAGAAGGACGAGGAGGAGGAGGAGGAAGAGGACGAGUGGCAUGAAAGUGAACCUCCUGCAAUCAGCGAGGAAGACUACAGGACAGACAGACAGUCGGCGUCGCUGUCGAGCCGUCUGGAAAAGCUGUUUCAGAGCAGCUUCCCUCAGACGGCCGUCCCCUCCGUGGAGGACGAGGUGGCGUCCCUGAAGAUCCUGCUGGGACCUCCAGGGGACAAACCGCAGCCAGGAGCCGAGGAGGAGGCGAGGUCGCCAGGCAACAGGUCCGUGCGUGGCGGCGUGUGGAUGCAGCUUCAGGACAUCCACGAGGCGUUCGGCCUCAGAUACCAGUGGGGCGGCUCCUACUGCAACAAAGCACUACUCUGCUGCCUGGGCAUCGACACCCGAAACAUUCUGUUCACAGGACAGAAGAAGCAGCCGGUCAUCGUGCCCAUGUACGCCGCCAGCCUGGGGAUGCUGGAACCAACCAAAGAGCCUGUGAAGCCCGUCUCUGCAGCAGAAAUGAUCGCCUCUAUAGCCCAGGCGCCUCCGCUGGCUCCAGAGAAAAGCUCCUGUCCCUCGGACACGGUCCAGGAGGCGCUCCCACCCGUCCAGUUUGACUGGAGCAGCAGUGGCCUUACCAACCCUCUGGACGCGAGCGGAGGCUCGUCUCUGUUAAACCUGGAUUUCUUUGGUCCUGUGGAGGAUUCAGGCUCCACCAGCUCACCCUCCAUCCCAGGCGUCGACCCCGAGCUGUACGAGCUGACGACGGCCAAGCUGGACCCCGGCAGCUCCGGCAGUCGGGUGGCGGAUGCCUUCGCCCGCCUGAUGUCCACCAUGGAGAAGACGAGCACCUCGACCAGGAAGCCGAGGAAAGAAGAGAAUCUGAGCGAGGAGGCGGCCAAAGUGAUCGCCGGCCUGCCGGAUCUUUCCUUCAUGCAGGCCAAAGUGCUGAUGUUUCCCGCCACGCUGACGCCGCUCAGCUCCCAGGCCACGCCGGACUGAAGCCCCGCCCCCCUCUCCUUACACUGACAUCACCCCGCCCAGUUAGCCCCGCCCACCAGACUCGGUCCAUUUUAUAAAGUUAUCGUCUUUUUCUCUUUCGUUCUCUUGCUGCGGUUUAGUUCCUCGCUUUCACUCGUAUUUCUUGUUUUUUAGUUGUUUUUUUUUAAUUUGCGCUUCAGUUUUCCAACUUUUUUAAAAAUAAAAGUAUUUCUGACAACGGGAAACGGCGAGGAGGAGGAGGAGGAGGAGGACGAAGAGGGAGCACCUUUAACAGGAUAGGAGAUCAUUAAUUUAUAGAGCUGAUAAUUUAUAGAGGAAGGUUUAGAAGUGUGUUCAUAUCUAGAAGAAUCACCGUGUAUAUAAUCAGGGAUUAAAUGUUUAUUUUCCUUUUUUAUUUUUAUUUGUUUUGUUUGUUUUUAAUUCUGAAUGAUUUCCGGAGGAUGAUUUUACGUCUCUGUGGUGGGAGUGUGUCCGUGUCUGUCUGUGAAGGAAAACACUGGCUGAAGAAUUAAACUGAAGUGGAAUAUAUGUACGACGAGUUUAAAUUAAUACAUUUAUAUACAUAUAUUAUAAAAUCUCUAUAAAUAUAUAUAAAUAUAUAUUUAUCGACUUGAAACCACACUGCCUGCAAAAUCCAGCUGAAUGUUUCGUCCCCCUGUUGUGUUUAAAGGCCUUAGUUUUUACCUGCAGUCUGUAGAUUUUAACCCGCCAAGUCUUUUUCUUUUUGUAAUUUAAUGUCGCUUUUUAUUAUAAAUGAUGUCCAACCCCCCCCCGUGCCCCCCCCCACACACACAGAGUCCAUCCACAGUCUCUACAGCGCAGGGUGACUGUUUUAUGCUUCAGUUUGAGGAACUACUGGACAAUCCGAGUUCUCACUUUUAUUUUUAUUCCAGAUGUAUUCCAUGAGAUUCUCUCUCUGUGUCUCUGUCUCUCUCUCUCUCUCUCUCUCUGUCUCUGUCUCUCUCUCUCUCUCUCUCUGUGUCUCUCUCUCUCUCUGUCUCUGUCUCUGUGUUUGUUUUCGGUUUUUCUUUGGGGGUACAAAUGGGACUUUUUUUGGGGGUUAAAACCACUUAAAAGUUUCUCGGCAGUGAAGGUCGACUCACAUCAGAAGGGAAUUAAGGGACCAAUUUCUGCUUCCACGUGUCGGGUUAUGAACACUGAUCCUAAUAUGAAGUGCUUUUUUUUUUUUUUUUUUUUUUUUGCAGCUCUUAUUUGUUUGUUUGUUGUUUUUUGCUCAUACUACUGUCAGCCCCGUCUCCCAGGAGGAUUUUGCACAUUGUAAAGAUGAAAUGGAUGUAAUCAUAGUUCACUGUGGCUUUAGACUGUGUACAGUUAAACUAUGGACUGUAAAAUGUACGGGAAAAUUCCUAUGGAAAAAAACUGAAUCACUUGAAGAGCCUGUCAAAAGGUUAUUGUGCAUGCCCAGGUUCUUUUGAGACUAUAAGUGUGUAAAUUUUACUUUUAGUGUACACAAGAAAUUAAAAUAGUUAUCUUCUC